GUCACCGAGUUCAGCAGGUGAAAGGACGCGACCCCGCAGGGCCAAAGCCAUCGCUCGGGACUCGGGAGGCGCCGUCGCUUUUCUCCGCUUUCUCCGCUUUCUCCGCUUUCUCCAGGAGGCAGGCGCGCCGCUGAGCAGAAGCCUUGACCGGAGAAUAUUUCAGGGCAAGACUAGGAAGAGUGCCGAGAAGAUGAGUCUCAAGAUUGAUUCGGAAACAAACUUUGCUGAGUAUGUUGUCAGUGUGGGAGGAGUCACCCUUGGGAAUAGAAAAAGGAAGGAGAUGGACCCUCAGCUGCAGAAGACACAGGACGAGGUCAUCGCCCACGCAAUCUGUGCCCUGCUGAAUUCUGGUGGGGGAGUGGUCAGGAUUCAGGCGAGCAAAGGCUACAAUUACACAGUUCAUGGCGUAGGAUUGAACGAGCAUCCGAUUUUCAAAGGUUAUUUAGAUGAAAUGCAAGAGAAAGACCUCCUUUUUAUUUUUGUGAGAUCUUGGAACGCCAAGGCCUCUGGCGUACGGCUUGCUACUCUGUGCUCCAACCUGUACUACAGACAUAAAACAUCGACCAAUGUCAUGACCUCUCAGGAGGCACUGGAGUUCCUCAAGGGGAGGACCCGGGCUCCUCGGAGUAUUCCUGGUUCCAGUCUGUUGGGUCCAGCGGAUGUUCAGGAUGGCAUACAAAACGAAAGUAACAUAAAGGCCUCCGCGGCUGCUUUAUUUGGCAGACCUCACCUUCAGUACCUGGAAGAGAUCAAGUUCACGAAGUCCACCCAUGUCGAAUUUAAAAUGUUCUCAGAGGGAGCGUCAGAAUGCCUCAAUGACAGUCUCCCCAGCUGUGUGUCUGCAUUUGCAAAUGCUGAAGGAGGAUACAUAUUUUGGGGGGUGCAUGAGGAGACCCUUCGAGUCCUCGGAUGUGUAAAAGAAAGGAUAAAUGUUUCCACCCUGAAGGACUCCAUUGACAGCUGUAUCAGGAAGUUACCGGUCCAUCAUUUCUGUAGCCAGAAGCACGAGAUAAAAUAUAAAGUCAAAUUCCUUGAAGUAUACUAUCAGGGGGCCCUGCAUGGAUACGUCUGUGCGGUCAAGGUGGAGCCAUUCUGCUGUGCGGUGUUUGCCAAGCAGCCUAGUUCCUGGCAGGUGAAGGACGACUGUGUCACACAGCUGACCAUAAAGGAAUGGGUUGCUUGGAUGACAGAAGCCGACCCAGAUCUUUCCAGGUUUUCUGAGAUGCUCUUGGCGCUGAGUCUGUCAUCCACGACACCCCGUGGCAGAGCCGUGUGCACUCACAAGAAUUUGGAAUGUUUGGAAAAACAGCAAAAGAGUUAUUUCCCAGUAUCCUCAGACAGCAUUUUGUACAGACCACAGAGCCUCUACAAGGAACUGUUCAUGGAACAUAAAGGACUCAGAAACCUAAUAAAUAAGCAAAUGCGUAAUAUCCCCCAAGGAACAUUGAUUUUCUCCCGAAGCUGGGCCGUGGAUGUGGGUCUGCCAGAGGAGCAGGGUGUCAUCUGCGAUGCUCUUCUCCUUUCCCAGCACGAAAACCCGGUCCUCAUCACCGUCUUCAGAGACUACAGCGAGUGCUUGAAGAAUUAUUGUCUAAGAGUCGCUCGUGCCUUGAAGCUGAAGCUGGUGAACAUGGGUGGCUACACUGAAAACUUGUGCAUCAUUCCCUCUACCUUCGUGCUGAAUCCUGACACAACAUCAAAAGACCUUGGUAGUUCUAAGUUGCAAAAAUACCCUGAGUCCUAUAAACUGAGGACCACGCAGCAAAUGGAAGCUCUGUUACAGUCCCUUGUGAUUGUUUUGCGUGGGUUCAGAUCUCUCUUAAGCGAAGAGCUGGGCUCUGAGGUUUUGAACCUGCUCACAGAUAAACAGUAUGAGUUGCUUUCAAAGAACCUUCGCAAGACCAGAGAGCUGUUUGUGCAUGGCUUACCUGGGUCAGGGAAGACCAUCCUGGCUCUUAAGAUCAUAGAAAAGAUCUGUAAUGUGUUUCACUGUCAACCAAGUAACAUUCUUUACAUCUGUGAGAACAAGCCCCUGCAAGAGUUUGUGAGCCAAAAAAGAAUCUGUCAGGCAAUGACCCGAAAAACCUUCAUGAAAAACAGCUCGGAUGUUGAAAGGAUUAAACACAUCAUCAUCGACGAAGCUCAGAAUUUCCGCCGUGAAAAUGGGGACUGGUAUAUGAAGGCAAAAACCAUCCUUCAGAAAGAAAAGGAGUGCCAUGGAAUUCUCUGGAUCUUUCUGGACUACUUUCAGACUAGCCACCUGGAGCACAGUGGCCUCCCUCAUCUCCAAAACCAGUAUCCAAGAGAAGAGCUCACUAGAGUGGUCCGCAAUGCAGAUCCGAUAGCCAACUACCUACAGGAAAUAAUGCAGAAGGUCAAAGAAAAUCCGCCACCUAACAUCCCCACUGGGUCCUUGGAUAUGCUCCAAGAAGCUGAAUGGGCUCAGGGUGUUCCGGGCAACUUGGAGGUGAUGGAAUACCCAGACUUGGAGCAGAUGGUGCUUGGUAUCACAGAGAAAUGCCAGUGUCUCUUGAAGCAAGGUUAUUCCUGCAAGGAUAUCGCUGUGCUGUGCAGCACCACAAGUGAUGCAGAGAGGUAUAAAUCUGAACUUCAAAGAGCAAUGAGGAAGAGAAAGAGUUCUGAGUCCAAUGAGGAAUCUGAUUUAAUACGGCUCAGAAAUGCGUCCGAUGUCAUGGGCAAUCACAUCGUGUUGGACAGUGUCCGUCGAUUUUCGGGCCUGGAAAGAAACAUCGUGUUCGGGAUCAAUCUGCAGUCAGCAGAGCCAGCUGUUUUCCACAAUCUUCUGCUCUGUCUGGCUUCCAGGGCCAGGAAACACCUGUAUAUUCUGAAGAGUUCCAACUCACAGGAAGAUCCUCAUCUGAGAAAGCAUUACGUAACCCUCACCUCUGGUCCCGUGAAACUUUGAUCUGAACAUUUAAUCGUCAACUCUGUAAUGACCCACUCACUGCAAGCCACUCACCUUUUCCAGGUGCUGGGGGGGUGGGGGAUAGAUUAGCAAACCAGACAGAUUAAGAUUUCUUCUUUUCGGCAAAGGCAAAUCACAGAGAGCAAGCCAACACAAGUACAAGAAAUUUCCGGAAAUAAUAGGGACACCACAGUAGACGUUGGAGGGACCUGAGAUGCAGAGGCUGUGUGUGUGUGUGUGUGUGUGUGUGUGUGUAGGCAGGAGGGGAGACAGAAGGAAGGAUUGGUUGUUUAGAUGGUCAGAGAAGUGAGGGGAGGAGUCAUGAGAAGACCUUGGAGCGGUAAGUGCCAGGCAGACUCGUAUCUUUUCAUUACUUUUAACAAACCCACAGCGUAGGGAUGCUUGCGUAUGACGCACGGGGAGACCAUGAAGGGUGAACAGAGCAGUGUGCCUGGGCUUCCGUUGGCAAGGCAUGGUUGGGGCAUGCUUGAAAAUAUACACAAAUUAUAAUUUUUCAUACUACCACAUCACAUUGCUUUAUCAGCUCUCUUUUAAUGCUGUUAGUAUUUUUGAUCACAGUUUUAAAAAACAUAUGUUUGCUUUUCAGUUAUUUGAAAUCUCAGCUCUUUAGCUCUGCUUCAGUAUUGUUCUCGGGGAGACUCUUAGGUUACUACUCACAGGUAAGAUUGCCACCGUGGCCCAGGCAGAUAGAUGUAUUGUGUUUUUAAAUUCGUUUCAAAACAAAAGGGUACCAAAGAGAAUGAAUGUACUGACCUCAAAGGUUACACUUUGUUUUUCAUUUUUAAUUUAAGAACCAGUGAAAUGAUACGUAAAUCUAGGCUCUCUGCUCUGCUGAGUCUUCGGGAUUUCAGCUCCUCUCUCCAAGGGCAGAUUCCUUGUGUGCCACAGGUCUCUCGGAAGUUCUCACAAUAUUUGAAGCCAAACAACUCUUUCUUUCCUGAGAAGCUUAAACUAAAAAAUUCAGAGUUCAUUCUCAAUUAAAUACAGACCCCACUAUUUCCCCCACACCGAGAUACUGAAAUCCCACUCUAAGAAGUAUGAACUUGAAGCAAGAAUCGGAUAUUUCUGGCAAUGGGUUAAACUAUUAAGAACGUUGAAAAUUUUGAGACAUGUCUAUGACAAAGCAUGGAAUUAAUUUUUUGUGAAAUGUAUUGUAGUUAACUUGGAAAAAAAUUGCAAAUCACUUAGGAUAGUAUACAGAAAUAUUUUUUUAAAUAAAAUGAUCAGUAUAAAAAUGGCAAUUCUCAAUCAAGAGCUGGACAAGUUCAGUUUAUAGACUCUUUACCAACACCUAAAAGAAUAAACAAAAUUAGUAAAACUACAGCCAAAACUUUACCAGCAAGAGAGAGGCAAAGAACAGAGAUCAACCUCAUGCCAUAAACAUCUGUAAGUGUGUAUGGACAUAAAAACCAGAAUUAAAAAGAUUUCUAUAAAGGCAUGAAAUGCCCCACAUGCCCAAAGUAGUACUGAGUGCCCAGGGUACAUGAGAAGAAAGAAAACCAGAAUUCUCGCUAAUAUCCAUUUCAAGAGUGCCAUCCGGGACACCAAAAGGCAGCUCAGGAAAUCGCCAAGACAUCUUCAAGCAUAGCCGCUCCCAGUUGUUCCUGAGGACUCUGUAGAGACAGGAAGUAAGCUUUAGGGUUUCCUGUGAAUUCAACGGAGAAGUCAAAGCACAUGGGGAUGAAAUCCAGCUCCUAGUGCAGUGGAGUUAGAGAAACUCAUAGGCAAUGAUCAACAGGGCACACCAGCUAACAGUGAGGCCUCAGGUGACAGAGCAGAGCAGGCUGCAGAUGGGAGGCGCCCCCGAGGCCUCCUAGUAUACGCUGGAGAGGAAGACUAUCUGGUUCUACUUCAGGGAGAAUGUUGUCAAGAAGAGUCUUUUCGCACCUUCUUAAAAUACAUGGGAAAACCAUACCGAGCUGCUCUUACUAAACAUUAGAAAGAUUAAUGGAGGAGAAUUAGGCAGAACGACUAUAUAUAGGGAGGAAAUGGACUAGGAGAACACAGGAUGAGCCAGAGGAAGACCCCAUGCUGAAAGGAAAUGUAACUCAAGGGACAGAAGUAGACUCCUUGCCAAGUGUCUCCAGCUACAGAAGAACUUGAGAAAUCUGUAAUUCCAUAAAACAGAAGUUGAAAGACAAAAUGACAAGGCAGCCAAAAGAGGUGCAGAGGGGUGUUGCUGAGAAAACAGGCUGUGAGAAUGAUUCUCGAGUUACAGGAAGCCUUGAGAUAAUCACUGAAAUGGAGAGAAAUAAGACAAGUAUUAAGGUAGUAUAAAGAAAACAUAUCUAGAGUACAGGGAUUUACCAAGAGUGGAUAUGAAGUAGAGAACUCAAUAAGUAGAACAGUAAAAAUACCCUGAAAUGUGACGUGGGAAGUGUUUCGAAAAUAAAUCCUCAGAGUGAGACAAUUCUUAACAAUCCUGGCAGAAACAUUUUAUUAUUAGUUAGUGCAGCUUACAAAUAAUCACUGUGAAUGAUCAAUGAAUCAAUGAAUGAUCAUUGUGGCUACUGACUUCUCUGGAACGAUACGCAACACAAGAAGACCAUGGUUACACUGUAUUUCUGUUUUCAUUCACUUGCUUUUCAGUCCAAUUUGACCAUCUUUACCUUGUAGCUGAGGUGCUUAAACUACUUGAUGAUUUUUUUAACACUUUACUUUGAAAUAUUUAGAGACUCAUGGGAAGUGGCAAAGGCAGUACUGAGUAGUGUAGAAAGGUCCCUGCAUCUUUCACCCGCUUUCUAGAUCAUUUAUUUUUCUUGUGAUAUUUGCUGUGUUUGGGGCUUCAUUUACCCUGUUACUUUUUCUAUUUUUCUAUUUCUUCUUCAUUCCUUUUGUUCUCCUUUUUUUGCAUCCUUUGACUUAAUUGUGCAUUUUUUAACAAUUACAUUUUGGUUUUUUAUUGGCUUCUUAGUUAUAACUUUUUCGAUUGUUGUUUUAGUUGUAGCCAUAGGGUUCACGGUGUGUGUCUUUCAACUUAUCGCAGUCCAGCUUCAGUGGAUGCUACACCACGUUAUGCAUCGUGUAAGAACUUUGCAAUGGCAUGCUUCCAUUUUUUCUUUCCAAGCCUUUGUGCUGUUGUCGAGAUACAUUUUACUUCUGUAUCUGUUAUAAAACCCAUAAUAUGUUCAUAUUAGUUUUACUUUAAGCAGCUACUCAUCUUCUAAAGACACUUAAAUACUAUGAAAAAAAAGUUUUUUAUUUUUAUCAGCGCAGUACCAUUUCUGGUGGUUUUAUUCCUUUGUAUGAAUCUAGAUUUCCAUCUGGCAUGAUUUCCCUUCUGCUUCAAGAAGUGUCUUUAACAUUUCUAAUACUGCAGGUGUGCUGAGGAUGAAUUCAUUCAGGUUUUGUAUCUAUAAAAAUCUUUCUCUCACCUUUGUUUUUGAAACAGCUUUGCUGGUUGUAGGUCUAGGUUGAUAGUUUCAUUUUUCAGUGAGUUAAAUAUGUUGCCCCGAUGUCUUCUAUCUUGUGUCAUUUCCAGUGACAAAUCUGCCGUUCUCAUCUUUUGUUCCUCUGCACAUAAUAUCAUCUUUCUCUGACAGCUGUUCAGAUUUUCUCUUUAUUAUUGACUUAAGAAAAAUUAUUUUUAAGAAAAAUAAUUAUAAUGGUCUUUGGCAAUUAAGAAAAAUUCUUGUGGUUGAGGAUUUUGAGAGCUCUGUGCAUAGCUGUGGGCUGGUAGUUUCUCCUCUUUGGGUUUGGAGGCUUCUUGGAACCUGGUCUUCUCUCCCCAGUCAAAGUAUCAUUCAAAGCUGAGGGCAAAAUAAAUACAUUUUCAGACUUGCAACAACUUGGGAUUUCCUUUUAAUCAUUCAUAGCCCAUCCCUGAAAGUAUUACUGAAUAACGUACUUUGGUAAGAAAAAAACGAAUGGAGAAGAAAGUUGUGGUUUCAAGAAAGAAGGUCAAACAAAUAAGUCAGUAAAAUAUAAGGUGAACCUAGAUGUAUUAUUUGUUAAUUGCCAAAGAGUCCAAUUGCCUUCCCAUAUGCAAACUACCUUUAGUUAGAGGAUAUAAUGAAAGAAAAAGUCUGAUAGUAAUUCCAACAAAAGAGAUAAAGUAAUUCAGAAUAACUGUAACAAGAAAGAUACAAGCUCUUUAUGAAUAAAACCAUAAAGUGAAACUGAAGAACACAAAAGGGAAUUUGAAUAGAUACAAGAACAGUGUGCUUUUGGAUGAGAAGACUCAGAAUCAUAAAUAUAUCCAUUUUCACUGAGUUAAAGAUUCAUUGAAUCUUUAAAAUUCAAUGUCAUCCAAUAAAAAUGCAACAGAUCUUUCCCCAAGGCAUCCAAAUGAUUUUAAAGUUCAUUGAAAAAUAUAAAGCAAGAAUAUCCAGGAAAAAAAUCUAAAAAUGGAAAAACCUGAGACUAAUCAGCAUUACCACAUGUUAAAACAUGAAGCUACAAUAAUUAAUGUAGUUAUGUUGUGUGGUGGGAAUUGAGCAGGCUAGAAUGUUUAAAAGUGAAUUCAAAUAUGUGUGAGAAGGUAGCAUGUGUUGAAGGUGCACUCAAAGUCAUGAGGGAAACAUGGGUUAUUUGCUAAAUGAUGCUAAAUGAUCUGGGUACCUAGCUGCAAAAAAAAAUUAGGCUUGAGCCAUAAAUCACCACUGACACCAAAAUAAAUUCCAGGUGGAUUCAACACUUGAAUGUAAAAAUAUGGAAUUAUGGAAGUACAUGGAACAAAAAUAGGCCAUUUUUAUAGUCUUGGUAUAUGGAAAGCCUAAGUGUGGCCCACAAUCAUAAACCACGAAAGAAAAUAUUGACUAUUUGAAACAGUUACCUUCGUAGCAAAAACAGUAUGAAGACAGGUCAAGAAACAAACAGAACACUGGAAAAAUAUUUGCAACAAAAAUCAUAGACUAAUAGUUUACUCCCUAUUUUUAAAGGACUUUCUAAAAAUCGAAGAGAAAAAUGUUAAGAUCCCAAAAGAAAAAUGGACAAAGGAUGCAAAUAGGCAGAAGAACCCAGAAAAGGAAUUUAAAAUCGUCCUUUAACCAUGAUACAGCAGUAUUGAUUAAAAAUUAUAGCAACAGCCCUGGCUGGUGUGGCUCAGUGGACUGAGUGCUGGCCUGCGAACCAAAAGGUCGCUGGUUCAAUUCCCAGUCAGGGCACACACCUGUGUUGUGGGCCAGGUCCCCAGUUGGAGGCAUGCGAGAGGUAACCAAUCGAUGUAUCUCAGACAUCGAUGUGUUUCUCUCUGUCUCAUUCUCUCUCCCUUCCCUUCUCUCUAAAAAUAAAUGAAAUCUUUUUCAAAAAGUUACAACAACAAAACACUCUUUUCCAUGUAUUAGGUUGACAAAAUCACUAAGUUCCAACGGAAUGAUUUUACUGUUUGGCAGGGGAAAAGCACUGGUAUACAUUGUUAUAAAGCAGUUACAACUUCUAGCAAGAACAAUCUGGCAGUAGCUACCAAAAUUUUAAAUGCACGUAUUCCUUUAGCUAGCAAUUCUUUUAGGAAUCCAUUCUCCAGGUGCUCAAACAUGUGCAAUGACUUCUGUGGAGUUCUGUGAACUUCACCUUAUUUUUAAUAGCAUAGACUGCAAAACAGUCAGUGUCUGCCUCAAUGGGUUGAAUGGACUCAUAUCAACAAACUGCAAUACUGUGAAGUGUUGACCUGCCAGCAUCCUUGAGACGUGUCACGUGGUGAACAAAGCGAUGUUCUAAAAGUGGUCCUUUGACUUACACGUCUGAUACCGAGAUGUGUGUGUUAAAUAUCUUGGCAAGUGCACAAAAAAAAGGGGUGAUAGUUCUCAGCUCUACAGAAGGGCACCUGAAUGUGAGGGAACGCAGGUGAGAAAAGACAGCUUUUGCUUUUUAUGGGUUUGGGAUUUGGUGCUAUAUCCUAAUUUUGGGUGUUUACUGAUGUGAGUUUGCCGUGCAUGUGUUUUGACUUGCUGAUGCUAUGGUUUUAUGAAUUACUUUCUGAGUUUUCUACCAACCUGUGCCCUGGGUUAAGCCCCUCGCUACUGUAAUGAACAGUGAUGCAUGGUGAGUGAAUGAGGAGGGGUGCAGUAUAAACAAUACAAAAAGUAAAAAAACUUAUGUAUACUGAAUCUUUGCUAUGUAGGAUUUAUGAGUGCUAUCAUGUUUUCAUAUUUGCUUCAAACUUUUUUUAAAAAAUAAAAGAACUGA